CAAGUGUCGUCGGAAGUAUAAAUCCGCCAAGCCUCCACACUCGCGCAUCCCGGGAAAUCCAACGCGUUCGCGCGCCCCCUUGUAACCCUCGAACAUCAAAGCCCACCAACCUCAAAUUCAACAAACAACCUAUAAGACCAAAAAUACACAAUCCCAAGUCAACAUAAGCGAGGGGCACGACUAAUCAACCCCUGAUCCCUCGCGAUCACCUCACCACACCGCAUCAAACCCGCAACGCCAAACCACCACCAAAAUGCCACCACGCAAAUCGACAUCCUCAGUGACCCCAGCCGACCCAGAUGACUCCCUCCUCCAGUCACCCCAGGCACCACAAACAGAUAAACCCGUUUUCGCGACGGAACAGCAGCUGAAGGCGCGGGCUGAGGCUGGCGUCAGCGUUGAGGACUACCUCCUCCCACGCUCAUUGACAAUCCGCCUCGCAAAGGCCGUCCUCCCGCCGAAUACAACUAUCCAGAAGGAUGCCGUGCUAGCUAUGCAAAAGGCGGCUACGGUUUUUGUUUCGUAUUUAUCUUCACACGCCAACGAUGCAACCCUCAAGCGAACAAUCGCCCCAUCAGACGUCUUCAACGCCCUCUCCGAGCUAGAACUCGAUUCCUUCCGCGGCCGUCUCGAGCAAGAAUUAGAAGCGUAUACUGAUAUCAAAGCCGGGAAGCGCAAGGCCAAGAAGCCCGAGAAUGGCGUGGUAGCUGAUACCGAGGCUGAUCCUUCUGGUGUUGCUGCUGGUGAUGGAGAUGGGGAUGUGGAGAUGGUUGAUAACCCCACUAAGAGGGUGAAGCGCGAUGGGGAGGAUGGAGAUGGCCCUGGAACUGGCACUGGCGCUGGUGUAGGGGCUGGAGCUAGUGUUGGGGCAGAUAAUGAUGGAGAUGAGACGCAGGAAGAAGAGGUCGAAGACGAAGAUGACGAGGAGGAGGAAGAAGAGGACGAGGAAGAGGAAGAAGGGGAUGGAGAAGCGCGUCCCAGACCUGAGGAUGAUCUUGAGGUCGUGGAGGAUUUGGAUCGCGAGCCUGGGGCUAGGAGGGGCCCUUUUGAUCCUGAUGCUGAGGAGACGGACGAGGAUGAUGAUGGGCCUGGUAGUCAGUUGCGAGAUGAUCUUGGGCUUGGUUAAACUGGUUUCAAUCUUCUGGAUGGCGAUUAUGUCAAUCCGACAAAAUGGGUCAGAGUUGCUGGGAAAAGAAACAGAAAUAUUAUUGUUGUACUAUAUACAUAAUGAUCAAUGGAUUUCAUGUCGCGAGCUUUAUAUAUUUGGAUAUUGAUGGAUAUGCUGCAGUUCAUAGAGAACAUGUUUGGG